CCCCGGAAGUGCUUGAUCCCCGCGUUCCCGGCAGGCCCCGCGGCUCCGGAAGUACUAGCUACUAGCUCCGGUGUCCGGGCACGUCCCCUGCAGACAUGGAUCAGCCCCGCAGCCCCACCCCGGCGGCCCUCGGAUCCCUGGACCCCUCCCGACCUCCCCCAGCCUCGGUGACCCUGGCGCAGCUCCUGCAGCUGAUGGAGCGAGGACAGGAGCUCCCAGGCCUAGAGAAGCGCCACAUCACGGCCACCAACGGCGACCCCACGGCGUCCCGGCUCCCGCGAAGGCCGAAGCCCUGGGAGGCCGCCGCCCCGCAGCCCUCGGGCUCCUGAGGCCUCUGGUCCAGGGCGGCUCAGAUCCGGAGCGCCAGUGCCCCACACGGACUUGUGACCCUGCAAACAGGCCACUCCAUCUUUUAUGCGUUUGUCCUGACCAGAUACAACUGGACUGGAGUCUCCUCGGGGCUGCCCACUACUCAGAUUCUGGACCAGAUUCUCAGUUAAAAAUAAAACCCUGCUCCACCGGGGUCUACCGGAACGACCUUCCCACCAGUA